UUUUAUUUUGUAAUCUGCGCCGAAGGAACGUCCAUAUGUGGGGAAGUUGCUUGCGUCGCCUUAGCAAGUUUUUCAAUUUAGCAAUAUUUGUUACUUUUAUUUACGUAUAUAACAUCUCUAACAUUUCAAGCUAGUCAGUUUAACAUCUCUACGCGCUGGUUAAAUGAACGUCAUUGGAGGUGGUGCAUCACACCUGGUUCAUUAUGGGUCAGUGGAGGCCUCUGUCUAACCUGCGACAUCAGCUGUCUCGACACCCUCCAGUAGUUGUGUUCUUCCUGUGUCUGCUCAUUCUCUCCAUAACCUUCGUCUGUGUUGGACUUUACUCCCAGUAUCAUGACAUCAAGAACCCUGACAUAAGCUUAGACUGGAACCAGGUUCUGGGUUCUAUUGCUGGUUUCAAGUUCUGCACACAUCUGAAUGAUACAGAUGCACAGCUUGAGGAAGACUCUCCUCGAAUGGUGGAGCAUGCAGACAGGACUGCAACAAACGUUUCCACGAGAACCACUCAUGUUUCCUUACUAGUACCACUGGAGCUUAUAGGGGACGUCCCAACUGAUAGCAUCAUUAGUGCCACAAUGUUGGGCAGCCAGCUGGGCAUGAAAGGAGCCGCAGCGAAAACAUUUGUGAACAUAUCUCUACUCCUGCACACUGAUGUUCUGAACUCAAACUUUAAAGGGAUGUCUGCACCAACUACCUUAAAUACCCAAACUCCUGCUGGGACACGGACACGACCAACGCUGACCUGUCUUCAGCUCACUGCCCUCACCAAUGUACUCCCUCAGACUCCGCUACCCCCAGAAUGCCCAGUUGCCGACAACGAAGACAUGAGUACUUCACCUGUCAGGGCUGUUGCUGUAGAAUCAUACAAGCACAAUUCUCCACACUGCAUCGGCCUGGAGUUCACACCAGAUCCUCUCCUGACGGUCAUGCUCACUCCGGACGAGAAAGCUGUGUGUAGGUAUCACCUGUUACUGGUCAGUAUUGCACUGCUGGUUAUCUGCAUGCUGAUGAGUCUCUGUGGAACUUUUUUCUCAUCGAAAUCCUCACGUUCUUACCAUGGAAAUGACCUUCAAAAGGUAGUAUUUUGGGUUCUAAACUUUAGAGAUUACCAAGGACAACUGUACGACUUAAAACCUCUCUCUGAUUCGCAAUUUGUCUUGAGAAUGAGUGCAUCUUUAUUGCAUGGGUAACUUUCUAAAACAUGUAUUUAAUCUGUUUUAGUACAGUUGUAAAAUUACCUUUUUAAAUUCAUAGGAAUCAUUGUUGAGCACCUGAGAAACACUUGCAGAGGAUCCGCAUCUGAGAUUGAGUCGAUCUUGUCCAAAGAAAUUGCAACCAGUUAUGCAGACUGCAUCCAUUGCGGUUCUGAACAGAUCCAGACUGAGUGUGUGUGACUGUAUUUCAUGUGUGGUUGCAACAUUGUGUUAUAAUGUAUGAAAUAAUUCUCAUUAGUGAGUGUUAACAUAAUAGUGAGUGCAAUAUCAAAAGAACAUAACCAGAAAUUGAUGGUUAUAAGAUAACUUUACUCCAAGAGUAAGUUAAAAGAUAGCUGUGUUUUGUUGAUGUCACCAAAUUAAAAUAAAUCUUAUUACAGUGCGUUGAAAAAGUAUUUGCCCCCAUCCUGAUUUCUUCUGUUUUUGUGUACAUCUUAUACUAAAUUAUUUCAAAAAUUCUAACAAAAUCUAACACAAAACAGAGGCAAUCUGAGUAGACACAAAAUACAGUUUUAACAUGAUCAAGUUAUUUAUUGAAGCAAAACAGUUAUCCAAUACAAACUGGGCCUGUGUGAAAAAGUAUUUGCCCCCUUAGUUACUAAAUCCCCAAAUCUAUGAAACUGCAUUAUAAUGGGAUUUAGCUGGACUAGACACACCCACGCCUGAUUACUGCCAGCCCUGUUCAAUCAAAUUAACACCUAAAUAAAUAUAACUUUUUCAGCAUGCAUGAAGUUGGCUAAAAGGUCUCACCCAGUAGCACACUAUGCCAAGUUUGAAAGAAAUUUCAGAAAUUAUGAGGAAAAAGGUGAUUGAAAUACAUCAGUCUGCGAAGGGUUACAAAGCUACUUCAAAAGCUCUGGGACUCCAAAGAACCACAGUGAGAGCCAUUAUCUCCAAAUGGAGAAAACUUGGCACAGUAGUGAACCUUCCCAGAAGUGGCCGACCUUCUAAAAUUCCACCAAGAGCACAGCGACGACUCAUCCAGGAAGUCACAAAAAAGCCAAGGACAACAUCCAAGGAACUGCAGGCCUCUCUCGCAUCAAUAAAGGUCACUGUUCAUGACUCCACUAUCAGAAAGACACUGGCCAAAAAUGGCAUCCAUGGAAGAGUGGCGAGGCGAAAACCACUGCUAACCCAGAAGAACAUUAAAGCUCGUCUGAAUUUUGCCAAAACACAUCUUGAUGAUCCUCAAAGCUUUUGGGAGAAUGUUCUGUGGACUGAUGAGUCGAAAGCGGAACUGUUUGGAAGACAGGGGUCCCGUUACAUCUGGCGUAAAUCAAACACAGAAUUCCACAAAAAGAACAUCAUACCUACAGUCAAUCGUGGUGGUGGGAGUGUGAUGGUGUGGGGAUGCUUUGCUGCUUCAGGGCAACUUGCAAUAAUUGAGAAAAAACAUGAAUUCUGCUCUCUACCAGAAAAUUAUGAAAAUACACAAAAAUAGAAGAAAUCAGGAAGGGGCAAAUACUUUUUCACAGCACUGUAAAUGUUAACAUAAUUUGUUAAUAUUGCUUGAAAUAAAGUGUAUUGCACCAUC